UUUGUUCUGUUCGAAGGUGAUCCGGAGAAAUGAUGGAGGCGAUCGUGUUCGACGGCAUCGAGAGAGGCUUAUCCCUUCGGAAAGUCCCUAUGCCGGAAAUUCGAUCGGAUCACGACGUGAUCGUGAAAGUCGCCUACUGUGGAGUCUGCGGCACCGACCUCCAUGCCAUCCAGGGAGAAUUUCCGGUCCGAGACAAGGAUCUGAUCUUAGGUCACGAGGUGAGCGGAAUUGUGCAUGCAGUCGGCGAGAAAGUCCGUGCCGUCAAGGUCGGAGAUCCAGUUGGUGUCAAUCCUAACAAGGGGUGUGGAGGGCUGUGCAGGGGAUGUUCCAGGGGAAAUCCGCACUUAUGUCCAACGGAGGGGAUCAAUGGGACAUUGGGACUUUGGAAGGAUGGAGGCUGGGCUCAAUUCGUCGCCGUUCCCUCAUCUCAGGUCUACCUUUUGCCCCAUCCCCUUCCACUCAACAUCGGGUUCCUGGCGGAGACGCUGUCGUGCAUUUACCACGGGAAGGAGAUGCUAGGGAUGAUAGACCCCGAUGCAAGGAUUUUGAUCCUCGGCGGUGGGAUCGUGGGGCUCCUUUGGGCUGCCCUCUUUAAGCAUCAAGGACACAUGGACAUCACUCUCAGCGAAGCCUCUCCCCAUAGGCGCUCCAAUGCUCAAAAGUCUGGAUUUGUGAGCAAGGUCCUGGAUCCGGCUCAACUGGACGAAGAAGAGGAUGGCUUUGACGUAAUCGUGGAUUGCUGCGGAGUGGCAAAGGCAGUCGAGAAGGGGAUCGAAGUGGCCAACAAGGGUGCCACCAUCAUUAUCUUCGCUGCUGCGCCCAAAACUGAAGUCGUCCAGGUGCCAUCGUUCGUGAUGUUCUGGAAGGAGUUGCGAAUGUUUGGAACCCUCACCAAUCCAUUCACAUACGGCAAAGCAGUAGGGCUUCUUCAUUCCAUGUGGCUCAACCCCAAUCUGGGAUUGUCUGCGGAGAAGCUCGGGAUCAAGGAAUAUGGACUCAAGGAUUAUUGUAAAUGCUUGGGAGACCUGAAAGGCGGAGUCAUCACGAAAGGGGUGUUUGCAGUCUCUUCCAAGCAAGAGGAAUAAAACGCCUCAUCAGUGCAAAACAUUUCUCGCAAAUAUACGCAGAUAGGAACUUAAGAAUACGUCAAUCAAAAAAUAAUAAAGGAAGGCGAAAAUCGGAUUUCACAACAUCGAAACAUCACAAAAUACAAGAAUUCCUCCUGAUGAGAGUGCUAAGUUGUCCACAUUACUCUGGCUGCUAAGUAAUAUGUUAUGGACAAAGCGAUACCGGACAGCUCGACAUUACGGUCCAGUAAUUGGAGUAUCGGAUCCUCUCGGCACAAGUCUCUUAGAGCUUAUCUUAGGUCUGUCUUAUCGCCACCUAACCGAUCUUCAAAAAAUUAUAUUAUUUUAUUCUUCUGUUUCUAGGCAUUGGCCAGUCAAUGUAUCCAUAGAUUCCAAUAGAAUGAAAUUGUUUUUUUUUUUAAAGCAUUAUUUCUGUCUCAUGAUGGAGGGGGAGAAGGACCAGUAUGCCCCAGAAUGAGUUACAGCGUAGCCAAGAAAUAGUUAUUGGCGUCAACGUUAACCUUCCUCCAGAUUUUUGUUUAUUUUCCCUCUGUUCUUUCACAUUACGUAUUGUUCAUGCUUCUACAAUGCCAAGAACCGCCGCAUAUUAUCACAAUAAGUGUUUCGGGUGCUACCGACAGUUUAACGCUGACAUUUGACGAUUAGACGAUUGGUCCACCUUGAAAGCGAUGACAUCGACGACACAAGAGAUAGACGUGAAAUUUUCAAUUUGUAGAUCUCCACGUCUCGUCCUUUCGUCGAUAUCAUAGUCUCUCAUUUUGUGUGAAAGCCUAAAAAAAAGUGUGAAGUAAGGUCGAAGCUCCGCAUCCAUAACACCCUUCGCAAGAUUCGAUUUUUACGUCAUAAUGAACUGAAACAAGUAGUAAAGGGUACAGGGUGAAUGCAAAGUAUUGUGUAGAUUUCAGAGAAUCAAAGAUUAGACAGCCAAAAGGUAUAUGCUAUGUGUAAAUUGUACUGGAUGCUAAAUAAAUUAAAGUUUCCCCCUCUGUUUUCUGUUUUCAUGUGUUCAUGUUCCUGCGUGCAUACUAAUUGCAGCAGUCCAUAGGAGACGCUAGAGGAUGUUUUUAGCACCAAUUUUUCGCGUAUUAGUGUCACGAGAGCUUGUUCUUGGUAUUCGCGGGUCCUGCUGUAUGAAACGUGUGUUUUUCCAUCUUCCAAUG